AUGUCUCCGAUCUUCAUUUGGUUUUUUGGGUUUGCCGUUUCGGUCGUAUGGUGUGGACCAUCACCGUACAAUAUCGAAGACGCUGAAAACCAUUUCGAAGAAUUCAUUCAAAAAUUCGGAAAGAAAUACCAAAACCAUGUUGAGAAACAGUACAGAUACGAAAUUUUCGUUAAGAACUUAAAGAAAGUUAACAAACUGAAUGAAGAAAUCGAUCAUGCUGUCCAUGGUAUAACCCAAUUUAUGGACCUGGAUGCUGAAGAAUUUACCAGUAUUUAUUCAUGUCUACCUAGAGUUGAUGUGAACUUUGACUCUGGUUGCGAUUAUGAUGAUUGUGACGAUACUUGUAAUCAUAAUGACGCACCAGAGUCGUUCGACUGGCGUGAUCGUGGCGUAGUGUCAUCAGUUAAAGACCAGGGUAAUUGUGGUAGUUGCUACGCAUUCAGUGCAGUUGGUAACAUUGAGGGACAGCAUGCGAUCAAACAUAAAGAACUGCUUGAUUUGUCUCCUCAACAAAUUGUAGACUGCGACGAUGACUCUAGCGGGUGCAAUGGAGGUUUAAUGAGUUACGCCUUCAGGACUAUAAAGAACACAGGAGGUAUAGAAUCUGAAGCCGACUACCCAUACAUUCACGAUGAGAUGGAUGACUGUUACUUUGAUGUCAAAAAAGUUAAGGCAAAAUUGUCAGAUUGUCGCGCUUUUAACUUGACGUCUCAGGAGAAGCUGAAACAACUGGUGUACAACACUGGACCCAUAUCUAUCGCUAUACAAGCUGAUGGUUUGCAAUUCUACACCAACGGAAUCUUCCCUGAUGAACACUGCAACGUCGGUAACAUCAACCAUGGAGUCCUACUAGUGGGAUAUGGCGUUGAGAAAGAUGUACCAUUUUGGAUCAUAAAGAAUUCUUGGGGCGAAAAAUUCGGUGAAAAGGGAUAUUUCAGAGUAGCGAGAGGUGAGAACUUGAACUCGUGCAGCAUGCUGAACAAUGCAAUGUCUACUUCUAUCGUCGUUUAAAGAAGAGAAACCAGAAAUGAUUGUUAUUUUUUAAUAUAAUUGUUAUCAUGUGUACUUUUAUCAAUAAA